AUCAGAAUCAGCUGAUAGACAGCCCUGGCAGUUUGUGGCUGUCGUUUAAUCGGGCUCCAUAGAUUGUUAUCUAUACUACAACUACAGUAUAAUCGUUUGGUAGAGAGAGGUCAAUAACUAUCUAACAUGGGUUCGGCUUACAUAGAAAGGUUGAUCGUUUCAUUGUGUUUCUUCGGAAUAUUUCAUUUAUCGGAAGGAGGACAGCUGUGUGGUGCCUGUGACCACAUAUCAGACCCACGUGGCUGUAACCGCGUUACCAGUUGUGGAGAUCAUGAGGAAUGUAUGGUAUCACAGUUCGUGACCACAGGUGGACAUGUGAUGUAUGAUGUGGGGUGUAUGGCAUCUUUCCGGUGUCAUAAUUUUGGAAGGCGAGAAAGUAGUGAAGAAAAGGUAGAGAACGAGAGGAGCCAAGAUGGCCGCCAGAUAAUCUGUCAGAGCUGCUGUAACGACACACAGAUUUGUAAUACAAUGCAUGGACUGUGUAACGCACAACCACUUGAUACAAACGGCUAUAUAUUAUGCUACAACUGUGACCAAAUGUCGUCCCCGAACCAAUGCGAUAGAAUCACGAGAUGUCCCACCAAACAGCAAUGUUACUUGGGUCAGAAGCUAAACCAUUUAAGCGGUUCCAGGGUGUGGGAAAGCCGAUGUGGAAACGAUGCAAAGGAAUGCAAGGGGGCAAUAGCGAUGGUGGCGCCAGUCUCUCUUAUAGGAAAAAGACUCUCGCCAGACUGUGGGUCAUGUUGUAACGACGCCAACUUUUGUAACGACAACUGUUCAGUUUCAGCAGUAAUACCGACAACUCAAUCUACAUCAACGUCAACACUGACGUCAUCAACGACAACAUCGACGUCAUCAACGACAACACUGACGUCAUCAACGUCAACAACGACGUCGUCUACGACUCCACCUACGUCACCUGCUACUAUAUUCAGCAAACCGUUCAUAACCGAUAUUAGCUCAUCCCAGCAAGUUAUACCAGGAGCAUCAAUAUACCUUCACUGUGCGGCCGGAGGGAAUCCCUGGCCGAGCAUCAAUUGGGGUGUCACGCACUUUAGUGGACUUAGCAGAAAGCCAAACAACACCUAUAUUAUGGACAGUGGGCGUGCGAUGUACAUCGCUACUUUCCUACCCGAGAACGCCGGACUGUAUAUCUGCAUGGCGUCCAACGCCAUGGGCUCUGACAGUAGAGUUGUGAGCCUCAGUGUAGCAUCUGUCCCUAGCACUCAGGCUACCACAACGCCUGCCACCACAUCGUCGCCACAACUAUCGAAGCCAGUGAUAGUAUACUCCACUAAUGUACAUCACGCACGGAUCGGGUCCAACGUUAGACUGCUCUGCAUGGCUUCUGGACAUCCAACUCCAACAAUCUCCUGGACUUUCCUUACCUCAAGCAAUACUCCAGACAACUUGAGUUUGGUCGGUUUGGAGCUACAUAUUAUUGGAUUCAGGAAGUCAAAUUACGGCACUUACAGGUGCAUAGCAGGGAACAGCCAGGGUGAAGCUUACAAAUACUUUACCAUUGCACCUUAUGCGUAAAUGGAAACUGUUAAAUGAACCUGUAUAAUAAUAAAAAUAAAAACUGCAUGAUACAGUG